AUGUCUGUUGCUUUUGAUAUUGAAUCAGCUUAUAAAAUAGUUGAUGCUCAUCAUCAACAAGUUGAUGAUGAACUUAUUGCACUAUUAACAGCAAUACAAAAACGUUUACUUCAAACUCAUAAAAAUUAUUAUACCCCAAUUAUCAAUAAUUUACAAAGAAAAAUCGAUGAGCAGAAAAUUGCGAAUGAAACUAUGUCAAAGCGCGCAGAAGGAAUAGACCAAGAAGCCGACAAGUUAAGUAUAAUUUUCGAAAAGAUGGUAGAUCAUAUAAGCUUUAUGAAAAUGAAAGAACAAGUUUCAAAUGCAAAGUCUAAAUUAUUACAUGCUUGGAGAGAUAUUGCUACUUCACGCAGAAUUUACGAAGAUACAAUGUUCAGAAUCUAUUUACAAGAACCAAUGAAAAGAAUUUUAUUCAAGAGAUGGGUUAGAAGGAUGAAUAAAGUCCGUUUCAAUCGCAAGAAGAGAGAGUUACGCAGAGAAAAUUCGCGCGAAAUGAAAGCACAAGAAACAGAAGCUACACAAAGAAUCACUGCCCUACAAUCUGAACUCAUAGCUGUAAGACAGCUCCUUGCAGAGCAUGAAAGACAAAAUGGCGAAAUGCAACAGAAACUCAGAAGAGCUUUCAUGAGAGGUGUUGUCAAUCUUAACUUGGAAGCUGUGGAUGUAUUUGGAGAAGUUCCUGCCACAGAUGGUCUUGUUUCUUCAAUAGCAGCACAGCCUCUUAAGAAGAAGAAAAAGAUGGAACUUCCUAAGGAUUCUGAUUCCGAUUCUGAUAACGAAGACUUUGUUGUAGAGCCUGCUCCUCGUAUUUCUGUAAUUCAUCAUAACUGA